AUGUCCGAACCAUGCAUCUCGCACCGGCCAUUGAGGUCUCGCUUCCAUGGCAUUCCGCGCAAGCUCACCCACUGCGCAGCGGACCAUCUUUCACGAGACAACUCUGACUACCAACAUCGACUAGACAGGGGAAUUGAAGAAUACACACACCAUGGGCUCGCCGAAUCCCACUUCGAUGGCGUGGUAUGGAGGGACGACGGGCUACGCCUUCACGAGCUGUCCAAGAUACCCAGCUCUGCGUCACAUAUUCGCUCUGUCAAGUUUAACUUGACCCGCGUGGAUCGGGACAUGUUCCAGACAGCUCUCGCUGAGAUCAAGGAUCCCCAGAAACGGGCAGAGGCAAAUUUGCUUUACCGUUUAAGUCAGGGCGAAGCCACAGAGCCCGUUGCCUUCCCAAGGAAGUUGGUUGCUGCCGCCUUGAGGGACCUACCCAACCUCGAAUCCGUCACCUUCACCUGGGUUGAGUGUCCAUGGAAGAAACACAUGGCGGCUGACGGUCCCUCUUUCGAGGAGGAAUCACUGGCCAGAGCUGGCAAGGAGGUGUUCAAGACGCAGCAGGCCAUUAUCGAGGCGCUACGAGAGCGCAACCUUCCUCUCAAGAGCCUAACCCUGGAACCCUUCAUGCCUCAAUGCGUGCUUGCCCUCUCAUCCUUUGAUCCAACUGUCUCGACUGUUUUUGGGUCUAUUACCAGGCUGACGCUCAAACUGGACUAUGGUGUUUCCGGAUUCAAGCCCAACUAUCUCAGCUAUUUCAUAUCCCUGAUGCCCAACAUCCAUCAUCUGAGCAUCCACGCUUGGUCGGUCAAGGAUGAAGCAUCCGGCAUUGACUUUUGCACAAAGACGAAACUGCGACAUCUGGAGAGUAUCGACUUGUCCUGCCUCAAGAUCAAAUAUGGCACGCUUGCCAAGUUCUUCUCGGAUCAUGGAUCAACGAUCACACGGGUCAACCUGGACAAUCUGUUUUUGUGGUGCGAACCGGCCGGCAAGUGGAAUCUCGGCUGGGAUGAUAUGUUGCUGGACAUGAGAGACAGUUUGAUAGCCCUGCAGAGGAUCAGCCUCAGCGGGACCUUUACAAAUGAUGCUGGUCAAAAUCAGGUGUUCCUCAGACGGAACGGCUCUGGCGUACGUGCCCGUGGGCUGCGUCACUUCUCUUCGAGGGAUGAGUUCGCACCUCUUGAGAGCUGUAUGCUGGCGAAUCUGGAGAGUGUCGCGUGUCCCCGACAACACCACCGAAAUGCGAAAAAGCGAACCCGGGAAUUGCUUACGCCAUCCCCCGACAGCUAUUAA